CGGAGGCGCAGCGCGUCGGCCGCGAGCCUCGCCACCACGUGAAUCAACCCGGAGAGAGGAGAGGUGCCAGGGCACCCCCGACAUGGCCGAGGGCGGGGGCGAGGGGCGACCCGGAGAGGGUCAGGUCUCGAAGUGCCAGACGGAGGUCAACGAGUGUCUCGGCAGUUGGCUGACCUAUCUGCAGAUGCUGAACGGCCUGUGCUCGGCCGGGACAAAGCUGGCGCAGUCCCUGCAGGCCCUCCUGGCGUCUCACGAAGGGACCGCUCAUUGCAGGCUGACGGGACAGUGCCUGGCGGGAUGGGAGGAGCUGGCCAGGGCCACCAACGUGGCCAGCAACACCGUCAAGAACCACGUGGUCGCUGCCCUGAGGGACCACGAGACGAGGGAGAACGACGGUGACAAGCACGACAUUCUCCGCGACAAUCUACUGACCUUCAUCAAUCUCCAGUAUCAGUUCUGCGUCGCCUGUUGCGAGUGCCUGGGGGGCAUGGCGGAGUGCUCGUGCUCGCAGACGGGGAACACCGAGUGCGACAUCGCGGCCCUUCAGCAGUGCUUCGAAAGGCUUUACAGCCCGCCCCUUGCAUCCUCCUCGGUGCAGCAGUCCCAGCCGAACUCGCACAGGUCGCCGCUGCCCUAUCCCUUGUUCCCUCUGCAGGUCCAGAGGAGAUGGUCCGAGACCGCGGCAGCGGAGAUGUCGGGCGAGUCUGCCGAGAACACCGUCAGGAGGUGGUCCAUGCCCUGGGACUGUCGCCACGUGACGGAGUGGCCUCGCCAGGAGGCCAGGACCAGGUUGAGGGUUCCUCACCGGGACAGAAGUCGAUCCACGACUCCGGAUUCCGUCUGGAAGUCCUCCACCAUGGCUAGCCAGGAUGGCCUGCAGGAGGCCAUUCAGCUGCUCUCCUGCAAGCCAGGAAUCAGACCGUCGACGCAGCUUUCGGCCUACACCGGGCAACACGUCCCGGGCGUCACCCUGACGACCUGCGGUUUCGAGUCGACCUACGAUUCGUCGAUCUGGCCGGAAGCUCGAGCCAUCGGAUCCCCCAGGUGCUGGCCCCAGGACUCCCACUCCAGCGAUCGGUCCGAUCGAUCCGGGCAUCGGGACAGCGACCAGAGCGGCCACAGCGGGGAACACAGGGACUCCGAGCAGAGUGGAGCGAGCGGCAGUAGCGCUCACGGGGACAGCAAGGACAGCAUCCACUCCCAGAGCGAUCACAGUCACAGGGAGUACGACCCCGCGACCAACGAUAUCCUGCCGUCGAGGAAGAGCAGCUCCUCGACGGAUUCCUGCGUCUCCGUUCACAGUCGCUCGGGGUCCGAAAGCGCCGGAGCUGGGGAGUGCGCGAGAUCGCCGCUGUACUCGAUGUGGACCGGAGGAGAUCUUCCCUUUAUCAAGCUGCCGGAGAGCAGCGAACUUCCGGACGAGCACCCGCCGACCUAGGCGGGUUUUGUCGACAUCUCGAUUUUUCGACUUCGCGCGUGUCUCUCUUUCUCUCUCCCCGUCUGUCUCCCUCUCGGCCGACCGAGGAUUUCGCAGAUGUUUACGGUGCGAGAGCAGCGUCGUUUCACAGAAACCGACGCGAGGGCGAACGAAUGCACAGGAUCGUUCUUCGUCGCAGGGAUGAUUCGAGACAGCGAAAGAAAAAUUCACCGCAAAGUGGAGGCGGCCAAAAGUAAUUGGAUCGAUCGCGGAAAUCCCGCGGAUCCUCGCCGCGACGGGUUUUUCCUUCCGCGGCGCAGAAGCCGAUCGACGAGAAACCACCCUGUCUUUUCUAACACCAAAGUGCCGCGCUCUAAUUAUUUUAGACAGUCGCCGGACCUACUAGUUGAGGCGACCAUUUUUUUUCAACUCCUUCGGAAUUAAACCCCUUGCUCAUCGGAGGCAGUGCGCGCUUCGAUCGACUCGAAUGGCCGCGCACUUUAAAAUUAUAAAUAAUAAAAUGAUAAGCUCAAUCAGGAGCCGAGGGUGAAAUCUCACGCGCG